GAUUCAUCCAUUUUGAAGAGACGGGGGAGCGGGGGGCUCGUCUGAUUAAGGGGCCCUGAACCAAGAAGCAGCGGAGUUUGAGAAGCCAGCAGCCCGGGGUUCGGCGGCAGCGGCCCCAUCGGCCGAAGUUGGGGGGGGGUGGGGCGCCGAGCGCGCGGGGUGGGGGGGGUCCUGGUCUUUGGCUUCUCGACUCGGUCCUGUUUCGACAGCGAACAUGUCUCGGCCUGUCAGAAAUAGAAAGGUGGUUGAUUAUUCACAGUUUCAGGAAUCUGAUGAUGCUGAUGAAGAUUAUGGAAGAGAUUCAGGGCCUCCAGCUAAGAAAAUUCGGUCAUCUCCCCGAGAAGCUAAAAAUAAGAGGCGAUCUGGAAAGAAUUCACAGGAAGAUAGUGAGGACUCCGAAGAGAAAGAUGUGAAGACCAAGAAGGAGGAUUCUCACUCAGCAGAGGACAGUGAAGAUGAAAAAGAAGAUCAUAAAAAUGUGCGCCAGCAACGGCAGGCAGCCUCUAAAGCAGCUUCCAAACAGAGAGAGAUGCUCAUGGAGGACGUGGGCAGCGAAGAAGAACAAGAAGAGGAAGAUGAGGCGCCGUUCCAAGAGAAAGAUUCCGGCAGCGAUGAAGAUUUCCUCAUGGAAGAUGAUGAUGAUAGUGACUAUGGCAGUUCAAAAAAGAAAAACAAAAAGAUGGUUAAGAAGUCCAAACCUGAGAGAAAAGAAAAGAAAAUGCCCAAACCCAGGCUAAAGGCUACAGUGACUCCAAGCCCUGUGAAAGGCAAAGGGAAGGUGGGUCGCCCCACAGCUUCCAAGGCAACAAAGGAAAAGACUCCUUCUCCCAAAGAAGAAGACGAGGAACCAGAAAGCCCUCCAGAAAAGAAACCCUCUGCCAGCCCUCCACCUGAGAAAUCUGGGGAUGAAGGGUCUGAAGAUGAAGCCCAGUCUGGGGAGGAUUAAAAAAGUGAUGAUGGUUUGGGGAGAGAUUUUAUUAAAAAAAAAGAGAAAAAAAAAAAGAAAAAAGAAAAAGGGGGAAAAAAAAACUUAAGAUAGAACAUGGUUUUGGCUAUGGCUUGACUCAUGGGCUUUCAAUGCUUUUUCCCUUUUCUUGAAAAUAACAUUCUCUGUCUUUCUCUCUCUCUCUCUUUCUCUCUCUCUCUCUCUUUUCCAAGAACACCAUUGUAUGUUUAAUUUACUUUUUUGUCUUUUGGUCUUUUCUUUGCCGUCACCCCUCUUUCCCACCCCUUCCCAAUGAAAGCCAUGUCAAAGUAAUCACUGGAUUGACUGCUUCAUCUUUUUAUUUUUAAUGGAAGGUACACCGCAGUUGUAAAGCAAUAAGAUUUGAGGUGAACGCUAUGGAAAUUUUGCUUUUUGCUAAACGGUAGCAAGUUGAACCCUAAUCAAAAAACAUAGAAGGGGUUUAGUUAAAAAUGAUUGCUUCUGUCUCUACCUGGACUUAAAAAAAUCAGUUGUCAUCUAAUACAAGUUUAUAUGUCUAUAUACACAAGUAUAGAUGUCUACAAAAAAUCAUGAUGUUACACUUCCACUGAUGGGGCAGGUAGGAGAUAAAGCUGAAUGCUGAAUUCUGAAUUGUUACUAAAAGUAUUCAUAUUUUUUACCGAGGGAGCAGGGCAGGGAAUCGGGUCACCUGACCUUGUGUGAGGGGGUGGGUUUGUUUUGUUUUGUUUUGUUUUUUUUAAUUCCGUCACCUGUUAUCUCAAAGAGACCGGGAGCCAGUGAUCCUUUUACCCUGCUACAGUCUUUCAGGAACUUUAAAAAAAAAAAAAAAAAAAAGCAAACAAAAAAAACACAAGGGCCACCAAAACUUAAGUCACUCUUGAUUUCCUAUUUCAUUCUCUAGUGGUUCAUGUUUUUAAAUAUAUAUGUAUCUAUUCUGUUUCUUGGAUAAAAUUUUACCAAGGAUCAAAAAAACCCCACCAAAAACAAAAACAAACCUAGAAUUUAAAUGGCAAGAUCUAUACACCAGAGUGGAUUUCUUCUUAACUGACAAUGUUUAGGUUUUAAGCAAAUAAAGUACCAAUUAAUGUGAAACUCAA